CGCCGAGGCUGGCUACUCAGUAAGUUUAAAAGACCUCGAUUGGUCUGAGCUCCUCUCCCGCUCUAUACUACUCCUGGUCCACUCAACUCCUGCUCUCCACUCAAUUCAUAUCAGCUCUUUCUCUGCACAAUGACAGAGUACGACUACUCCCCCGACGCCGUCGAGCGCUACAUCGCAAAGCAGAACAGCGUAGCCCGCUGGGUCGACAGCCAGGAAUACCAGAAACACGCCUACCGCAAUCCUUUCGUCCCAGAUCCCAAGGAUUCCGCCAACGCACGAGACGGUAGAAAUCUCUCUCGCUCCGUCUCCACCCCACCUGUCGACCCAUACGCUCGCCACGCACGCCCAAGCACAGCACACAAGACCUCACAUCGCGACAAUCGCGACCCAUAUCGUGGCAUCUACUCCAGCAAUGGUUCCAGCCAGACUCAGUCUACUGCUGUCCCGACUGUGCACAGAUACAGCAGCGGUGGCACUCACUCGCGAAGCCAUUCUCAGAGCCAGAGCAUCCCGACGACCCAUCGCGUCCCUGCGCCUCCAUCCCGAUCACGCACCUACGCGUACGCACAGGGCAACAGCGGCAGCUCAAGCACAACGCACCUCCCAGCCUCCUCCCGCUCUCCCGUCCGCUCUCAAACGCUUCCAGCUCAACCGAUGGCGACCCAAUACACAUCUGCACCGGGCCAAACAGUCGUCAUGCAAAACGGGCGCCAGACAUACGUCGUCGUCCCGCCCCACGGCACGCGUGUCCAAGUUUGCUCUCCAACCUCCCAACCCGUCUCACCAACCUACGCCUACCCACAAGGUCAACAAGUCUACUACGCAUCCCAACCCGUCUCACCCACCAACACGAGCAAGCAAAAACAACCCUUCCUCAAACGUAUCUUCAGUGGCAACGGUGGAAGUGGCAGCGGGUCGAAUUCGGGUUCGAAUUCGAGUUACGCGAGGAGGAUGCCUGUGUAUGCUGCGCAGGGAGAGAGGAGGAGGACGACUUCGAUGCAUUAUUGAGGGCCGUUCGUCGCUCGGGGGUCGAGCUCACCUGAGUUCUUGCUUUGGCCUUAGCUCGACUUGACUCAACACCAAGCCGAACCACUCGAACUCAACACAACUCGGCACAACGCUCCGAACUUCUUCACGUCGCGUGUCGGUGUCUUGGUGUACAAAACCAAAACGAAGCAAGCCAGUACACCUGUGCACACUCGAUCGAAGGAAAGUUUGAACCCCGUGACCACGCCAUACCCGACCCACACCAUACCCAAUACACCACCAACACACGAACCCCGGCCGGCAUCUCGGACGGAAAACACGGACACGAAAAAGGAAUUUCCCUAUUAAACAAAAGAAUCACACACAGACAACGCAAGAAAAGAAGAAAAAGGUCGAGUGGGCGAGGUAAUUACGGUUUACGAAUUACGAUUUUCGAAGGUGCACACAUCCAACCUCGGAGCUUUUGCCAUGGACCUGUUAUGUUUUCGGAUGGCUUAGUGGAGAGCUUGUUGGUUCGGAUAACAGCGCCUCCUUUUCCCCCUCCUUACCUCCUGGGAAUCUGGGAAUCAAAGCGCUUCUUUUCUUUUCCUCGCCACACCCUUCCUUUUCCCUGGUUCUGACUUCUGGCUUCUUGAAGUUCGCCGACCGGAAACUCUCUUUUCCUCCUUGCCUUGCCUCACUUUGUUUUGUGUGGUGUUGCCUGACCUUACUUCACCUCGCCUCGGUUUUUCUCUCUUUGGUUCUUUGACACCGUGCCUCGCACUUCGGUGUUAGCUCCUAAGCAAGAAGCAAGAAGGAAGGACGCCGCCGCCUCGGUGUCUUUUCUUUCGAGGUUCUGUUUUUACGUUUGCGUUUGCCUGUGCCGCCGAGCUUUGAAUAACUUUGUCUGCGAUACCUCCUUACUCCCGUCCUCCAUACCUCCAUACCACCAUACCUCCGCCUUCAUACCUGCAUAUCUCCCUACCGUCAUACCUCCUUCUUCAAUCUCGUGUUCAUGUUCUUGAUCCCCGAGCUUCGCCAGCACUCCUGUCCUGUUUCUUUAACCUAGUUUAGGUGUCUUUAUUCACUUUCGUUCUUGUCUUGUUCCCCUUCUCCUUCCCUUUCCCCUUCUUGUUCUUUUCCCUUUACCGUUCCCCCCCC